GGAUUCCUCUCCUCCAUUUUUAUGCUCUCCAGAUGUCUGUGCUGAACCUCCUGGUGAGGCGCCAUCCAGGAUACAGCGAGCCGGUGAAGUCCAAAGAGGAGGUGAUCGUCCAUUGUGGAUUCCGUCGGUUCCGGGCCUCCCCCCUCUACUCACAGCACACCUCAGCGGAUAAACACAAGCUGGAGAAGUUUUUCCAUGCUGACACGGCUGUGGUGGCCUCCAUCUAUGCCCCCAUCACUUUUCCUCCUGCUUCGGUGCUGCUGUUCAAACAGGAGAGCGACGGAGUGCAGAACCUCUUGGCUGUGGGCUCCCUGCUCAGCGUCGACCCCAACCGGGUAGUCGUUAAACGGGUGGUGCUCAGUGGCCACCCAUUCAAGAUUUUCAGCAAGCUGGCCGUCGUGCGCUACAUGUUCUUCAACAGAGAGGAUGUCCUGUGGUUCAAACCGGUGGAGCUCCGGACCAAGUGGGGCCGCCGUGGCCACAUCAAGGAACCUCUGGGAACCCAUGGCCACAUGAAGUGCCAGUUCGAUGGGCAGCUGAAGUCCCAGGACACGGUGCUGAUGACCUUGUACAAGCGAGUCUUUCCCAGGUGGACGUUUGACCCCUACGUGCCGGAGCCCACGAGGUGGAGGGACGGCGUCCCGCCUCGCCUGGAGGGAGAGGAGAAAAUGGACUAGUGGCUCUAGCUAAGCAACUAUUUAUGCAGGGGACAAACAUACUGUUUCCAACAAAAAUAAACUUCUGGGGUACUUAGUAUUUCUUUUGAUGGCCGACAUCUGGAGAAAUCUGGUAUCUAUGAAGCAGCC